CUUGCACCUCAUCUCGCCAUCACACCUGCGUCACACCUCCCGCCAGCAUGGCCAAGAAGCGCACGCACUCCGAGUCUGAGCCGGCUGCCGCGGCUUCCGCCGAUGCCGGCGCUUCGAGCGCUGCCGGCGACGCUGCGCCUGUGAACAAGAACAAGCGCUACCGCAAGGACAAGCCAUGGGACACCGACGAUGUCAACCACUGGCACGUGGAGAAGUUCACGCCCGACGACAACAAGGCCGGGCCGUUCACCGAGGAGAGCAGCUUCUCGACGCUCUUCCCAAAGUACGUGGAGCGGCGGCUGCGCGAGAGCUGGGGUGCCGUCACGGCUGCGCUGGACAAGCAUGGCCUCACGGCGACGCUCGACUUGGUCGAGGGCAGCAUGACGGUGCGCACCACGCGCAAGACGUACGACCCCUACAUCAUCCUCAAGGCGCGCGACCUCAUCAAGCUGCUCAGCCGAAGUGUGCCCUUCACGCAGGCGGUGAAGAUCCUGGACGAUGGCGUGGCGAGCGACAUCAUCAAGAUCGGCAACCUCGUGCGCAAUAAGGAGCGCUUCGUCAAGCGGCGGCAGCGUAUCAUCGGGCCCAACGGCAGCACGCUUAAGGCCAUUGAGCUGCUUACGGGCUGCUACGUGCUCGUGCAGGGCAACACAGUCAGCGCCAUGGGCCCGUACAAGAGCCUGAAGGAGGUUCGGCGUAUUGUCAUUGACUGCCUCAAGAACAUCCACCCCAUCUACCACAUCAAGGAGCUCAUGAUCAAGCGCGAGCUGGCAAAGGACCCGAAGCUCGCCGAGGAGUCGUGGGACCGCUUCCUGCCCAAGUUCAAGAAGCGCAAUGUCAAGGCGAAGAAGCCGGCUGCGGCAGCUGCCGCCGCUGGCCCGUCGGGCGCCAAUGCCGCACCUGUCGGUGGAGCAGCGCCGGCGAAGAAGAAGGUCUACACGCCCUUCCCGCCGGCGCCGCAGAUGAGCAAGAUCGACCUGCAGAUCGAGUCCGGCGAGUACUUCCUCAAGCCAAAGGAGAAGAAGGCACGCCAGGUCGAGGAGCGCGAGCGGCGACAGGCCGAGAUCGCAAAGGAGCGCGAGCGCGAACGCGAGAAGGCGUUCGUGCCGCCGCCGGAGGAGGCUCCCGCAGGGAAGAGCAAGAAGCGAGAGGGCGAGACGGAGGAGGAA